AGCUAAACACGGAGAACUUGUUUCAGAUGGCUGCGGAAGGUUCUAACCCAUUGGAUCAACCUUCCUAUCACCACAGAAAGGGUUCUUUUGGGGAUGUGGCCAACACUCCCCAAGGUAUGCCUUCUUCUAAGGAUGCUCAUCUUGUUCCUCAGAAUAAGGCACUACCUUCUCAAAGGGUUUCUGAGACUGUAGAAAAAGUUCUUCUUCUACCCAAACCUGCACUGAAUGAUGUAAAGGCUGUAUUACAAAAGCUACUUAGAGAAGCUUUGUUGACUUAUCCAGUUGGGAGGGAAGUAGUUUGUGGAGAAGUAAAAGCAGAAUUUCCUGAAGGCGUGCAGGUAGAAGGUAGCCCCUCAAAUUCUCUGGGAGUUAUCCCAUCACAGACUACAAUGGACAGCAUAGUUCCAGACAGAAAGGAUUUGUAUUCCUUCAGUGUAGUUCCUGAUAAAACUCAUAAAGUUGGAUCUUAUUUAGCUGCCCAAAUGCCUCCAUCAGAACAAACCCUUAGCUCAUCUGCUUCUACUGUUGCUCAGGAUGGCAAAGAGUUAUCUCAGGAAGUGACAGAAACUGUGAGGGAAACAAUUAUUCAACCUAAAUCAGAGCUCCUUGAAUUCAGUGCUGUCUUAGAAAAACUACUGAAGGAAACAAUUGAAACCCCGUGCUCAAAAUAUGACAGUGAUACAGGGACUCUUUAUUCAUCAAAGUUAAUAGGUAGUACUGAGGUGCCCAGGCAGGCUGCUUCUGAAUUCCAUCCUAAGGAAAUAAAAGAAACAGCAGAAAAGUCUGAGGCUCCAUCAAUUACUGGGAGUGCUUUUGAGAUUGGCUUUGAGAAACUCCUUAAAGAAUCAUCUAACGGUCCUUCUUAUCAGCUCCAGGUGUCAGUGAAGGAAGAAACUCCUGAGAAGGAGCCUUCACAGUCAAAGCAGGCCAGGUUCUUGGGGAAAGUGCCCUCUUUUUACUGGACAGCCUCAAAGGCCUCGGAAAUGAAACUUAAGAGUAAUGUUUUCAAAUCUCAGGUCAGGCAAUGUGAUAAAGUGUUGGGAAGAGACAAGCUGACUGAUUUACCAAUAGAUCUCUGUGGUUUUGAAAGUGGGGUUGAGAUCCCUGGAACCUCACAACUUUCUGUGGACCAUGAAAUAGGGACCACUGAAACUAUAAAACCCCCAGAGGACAGGAAUUAUGAAAGUGAGGUUGCAGUAGUUUGAGAAGGGGCUUUUCAGGAGCUUGGUUUCAAAGAGGCUCCUGAAGCAAUGAACGUGCCCAGAAAUAGGCAACCCAUUCCUCUCCUGACAGACAAAGAAAACUCUACAAAAAUAAGUAAAGUUGAAUUGAUUCUGGCAUCACCAUAUAAGAGACAAGAGAAAAAGGAAGAAAAAGAAGGUUUCUCUGACUCUGAUAUUUCAGAUGGAAACAUCAGUUCUAAGGCAGAAAGCUGCAGAAAUACCUCCAGUGAGCAUUUUGAGGUUUUUAACUGAUUGGUUAAUGAGUUGAUUUAUGUAAUGCUGACAUAAAGGAUGGUGUAGUUUUUAGAAUUGGGGUUAAUUUGACAAUCCCAAAUAGUACUAAAUUCUUCCUUGUACUUCAGUUCUCCCUAGAUUUUCUUAAUAAAAAACUACAUUUCCUUUUAUCUUCUUUAAUCAGAUGAGUUACAUAGAGAUAGCUUUACCCAUCAGGCAGUGUUUCAGAAUCUGACUUUAUUCUCACUGAUCAGUGAUAGAAUUUUUAGGUUUCAAAAAUAUUUUUUAAAGAACUUUUGGGGUUUAGAGAGUACCUCUAAAACAUCCAAGUGUGCUUUUCUCUUGGAGCUAAUUAGAAUUUCGUAAUUGGCAGUCCAUACAGGAGUCUCUAGUAAGAUUUGUGGCAAGAAACUCCCAUACUGGUCACACAUUUCCCUUUUAAGGACAGUAGUUUACCACAUUAGUGGCUAAGUACCAGGAACAAAGUGCAAGGCUGGAAGUUUCCCUGAGAUACCUUGGGCUGUGGUGUUUCUGUUGCCACUCUCUCCCUCUUGUUUGCGGUUAUCUGCAGGAUCCUCCCCUUCUAGGGUAUGCCUCAGUCUGAUGACCUCACCUGAUUCCACCUAUAAGGGCAUUGCCUGGCCUGCUGCAUUUCUUUGGCUCCAGCCUUAGCUAAGUGGAUGGAGAUCUUAAUCAAUUACCAUAUUCACCUAAGUGGACUUGGGCUUCUGGUUUCUGCCAGGCUAUAAAAGAUAGGGCUUGUCUCAGUUUGCUAUUCUGAGCAACCUGGCUAUUUUGGGAGAGAAACCCAGGAACAAAUAGGGAUUAGAAGUUAGCUGAUGAGAAUGAUGAAACGAUAAAGGAUGCUCUCUGGCUGGAACAUUUUAACCAAAAUUGCACAACGACUAAUGUUGAUCACCUUCCUUAGUAGAAAAUUAAUAGAAUUUGUCAUUUUCUGGCUCCCUUCAGUCUCAAUGAGAACAAAUGAGCUUUACUGAGUGGCUGAUUUGUGAGGUUUGGGCUCCUUUGCAAGUAGCUGUAGGGCCUAUUAUUGAAAACUGACCAAAGAAUCCACCUUUAAUCCUAAGUAAUCAAGCUGAAGCCCCUUUAACAUUUAUAACUGGUGAGAAAAGGAAAAUGAAAUACCAGUCUCUCAAACCAGACAUAUGCAAGAGUGUUAAGGCAACAUCUUAAACUUGUUGAAGUAGACUUUUACUAAGCUACCCCAUGAGUUACUAGGCCAAAUUGACCUAUAGGAGGUGAAGGGCUUGUAAAUUUGCACUUACUUUACAGACUAUUGCUUAAUGUUUAUAGCUGUGUUAAAGUAUACCAGCAUAACUGAUUGAACAGCAAAAAAGCCUAUCUAAAAAAGAAAUAAUCAAUAUAAAUAACCACACAGACAGACAGAGCCCAGAGAAGAUAUUUUAAAAUUAUAAGCCAAGUAGGAGGUAUAAAAUAGUACAUAGUUUUGUAUCUUCUAACCUGAAUUAUUAUUUUUUAAAUAAAUGGGUGGGGGUGGAGUGAGAGUAGGGAAGAACCUGACAACAAGGCACCAUAAUUUUGAUGAGCAGCCUAACAUGUUUGACUUGUGGCUGAGCUCUUAACCAACCAAUACCUCAGUAUGUUCCUUUAAAAAGGGGGAGGGAAUGCUGGGAGAUCGUGCACAUGAUUAGUACACUAAAGCAUAUUAAAGUCACUGAGAAGGUCUGCAGUAAGAAACCAUUUAAGUUUGAACACAGAGCGUCCCAAAUCUAAUUCAUCUUAGGAUCCAUUUACUGGAGAAUGCCUAUUAACAUCGGGCAGAACUGGAAUGCAUUUCAGGAAAGUAUUGUCUAGAGAAGUAGUUCCCAAAUUCAUCGACUCAUUAAUGGAAUCAUUUGUUGAUUUAGCAAACAUUUUCGAAGUGCCUGUUGCCAGCCACUGUUCUAGUCACUGAGACUACAACAGUGAUGAAUGAGAGUACUCAGACCAGGGCUUAUCCAUGAUGGAGUUUCCACUGUCAAAAUGGAACAAUUAAGGACUAUCUAGAGAAAAACUUUUAUAAAAUUAGAUGUAUUUAAAGAACUGUUCUUAUUCUCCGGUUAUGCGCUUUUUCUUCCUUUCUUUUUUUCCCUUGUGGUCCUAAAAUGCCUUUCCUUUUAUAAAAUAAAGGCAUUAGUAGAUAAUAGAGACCUCCCCCCCCCACACACACACAAAUGCCUUAGUAAAAUAAAAAGUUGACUACCUCAUGUCAUUACCCAACAUUUUGUUGGAAAUUUCACCAGUUCAUGAAACCCAAAAAGCCUACAUUUGUUGAUCUGGAGAAUUCACCCAUCUGUGUACCCAAUUAUACACAGAUGUUAAAACAUCUGAAUCCUGCCUUCUAUGGUUUUCAGCUAAUUAUUUUAAUGCUCGUAAAACCAUUUUGUGGCUGUCUUCAAAAGCUAGAAGUGAAGGGGAAAGAUUCAAAGUCUGGCACAGAACAAAUCAUGUGCCUAAAAUAGAGGUGUAAAAGACUAAGAGAGCACAUUUCUAUUAAUGUGGGAAUCUUGUUAAUCUUGUUUCUGUAUCAUUUAUGCUUACAAAUAUUUCUUGACCAGGAAAGUUAGUUAAAGAAUAUACUAAUAUUCUUUAGUGGAGAAAUUUUAUUUUCUUCUGUUGGAGUGCUUCAUAGCGUGAAUAAAAGUAUCGAGGCUUACGGCAUAAUGCCUCCUUUCAACCUACCAUUUCAGUGUCCGUUGAUUAUUAAGAGUUUGGUUGUUUUCUUUUUUCUUUUGUGCAGUAUUCAUCGGUUUUGUCUU